CCCGCCGGAGCCGGAAGUUGGGUUUAAGCGCCGGCGCGUCGCCCUCUGCGGGCAGCGCGCCACCAUGCUCCGGGCUUCCCGCCGCCGCUGCCUCGCGGCUGCCUUAGCACCCGCCUCGGCCCUGGCUGCGGCGCUGCUCUCGUCGCUCGCGCGCUGCUCUCUCCUGGAGCCGGGGGACCGGGUGGCCUCGGCGCUCAGCCCCUACUUCGGCACCAAGACUCGCUACGAGGAUGUCAACCCCGGGCUGCUGGCGGGCCCCGAGGCUCCGUGGCGGGACCCGGAGCUGCUGGACGGGACCUGCACCCCGGUGCAGCUGGUCGCCCUCAUUCGCCACGGCACCCGCUACCCCACGGCCAAGCAGAUCCGCAAGCUGAGGCAGCUGCACGGCCUGCUGCGGGCCCGCGGGCCCGGCGGCGGUGGGGCCGGGAGCGCCGGCGGCCGCGACCUGGGGGCCGCGCUGGCCGACUGGCCUCUGUGGUACGCGGACUGGAUGGACGGGCAGCUGGUGGAGAAGGGACGGCAGGACAUGCGACAGCUGGCGCUGCGCCUGGCCUCGCUCUUCCCGGCCCUCUUCAGCCGCGAGAACUACGGCCGCCUGCGGCUCAUCACCAGCUCCAAGCACCGCUGCGUGGACAGCGGCUCCGCCUUCCUGCAGGGGCUGUGGCAGCACUACCACCCCGGGGUGCCGCCGCCCGACGUCGCAGGUGAAGAAGCUGAGCCCAAGAAUAUGGAGUGUGGUCCUCCAAAAGUUAAUGAUAAACUAAUGAGGUUUUUUGAUCAUUGUAAGAAAUUUGUAACUGAAGUGGAAAAGAAUGCUACUGCCCUUUAUCACGUGGAAGCCUUCAAAACUGGACCAGAAAUGCAGAACAUUUUACAAAAAGUUGCAGCUACUUUGCACGUGCCAGUAAACAAUUUAAGUGCAGAUUUAAUUCAAGUAGCCUUUUUCACCUGUUCAUUUGACCUGGCAAUUAAAGGUGUUAAAUCUCCUUGGUGUGAUGUUUUUGACAUAGAUGAUGCAAAGGUAUUAGAAUAUUUAAAUGAUCUGAAACAAUAUUGGAAAAGAGGAUAUGGAUAUGCUAUUAAUAGUCGAUCCAGCUGCACCCUGUUUCAGGAUAUCUUCCAGCACUUGGACAAAGCAGUCAAACAGAAACAAAGGUCUCAGCCAGUUUCUUCUCCAGUCAUCCUACAGUUUGGUCAUGCAGAGACCCUUCUUCCACUGCUUUCUCUCAUGGGCUACUUCAAAGACAAGGAACCCCUAACAGCUUACAACUAUAAGGAACAAAUGCAUCGGAAGUUCCGAAGUGGUCACAUUGUACCUUAUGCCUCAAAUCUCAUAUUUGUGCUUUACCAUUGUGAAGAUGCUAAGACUCCUAAAGAAGAAUUCCGAGUGCAGAUGUUAUUAAAUGAAAAGGUGUUGCCUUUGGCUCAUUCACAAGAAACCGUUUCAUUUUAUGAGGAUCUGAAGAACCACUACAAGGACAUCCUUCAGAGUUGUCAAACCAGUGAAGAAUGUGAAUUAGCAAAGGUUAACAGCACGUCCGAUGAGCUUUAAGUAACUGGAAAACAUUUUUAAUUCAUCAGGAAUCUGUAAGGCGUGACUGACUACAUGCUUAUAAUAGGUAGGCAACUGCUUGACUACAGAAAGCUUUUAUAUGACUUUAUUUCUGUCUUUUCACAGAAAAACAUUGAGUUUCGGGUUUGGACGUGACAUGUAAUAAAUGAUUCUUCACUGGAGCGGUUCUUAAGGGGAAACAAAUCUACUCAAAGAAACAGCUGGCACUGCAAAUGUUUACAGAAAUGAAAUUCUUGCUGCUUAUAUAAGAAAUCUCACUGAGUUAGAAUAUGAUUUCAAAAUCAUACUUGAAAAAUGUUGAAAUAACAGAGCGUCAGUUGGAUGAUCCUUAACUCGGUUGAACUAAGUCUAGGAGCUUUACCAAUUGUGCUGCAGUCCUCUCGUUUUUCCUCAGGUGGGACAGUUCUAAUAUUGUCUUUCUUAAUCAGAAAUAUUGUGACACUUAUUGGGAGUAUCACUUUGGAAGAAAGCUAACAUUUCUAGAUGAGAAUUUGAAACAAAUUAAGAGACAGAGUCUUAUUUAAAAGGACACCUUCACUGAAGCAAGACAAAAAGUAUCAUGAAAAUACAUAUUUUUGUUAAUAGUAUUUAUAAAAUAUUUGAACAUUUUUCAGUCAUUCCUUUUUAUCUUUUAAUAAGUCAAGACCAUCUUAAAUUAUUAUUAUACCUGCUUUACAUAUAUAACAUUGGAAAGACAAAGAUUAGCAACAAUUCAGAUGGGUAGAAUCAAAAUUUCCGAAGUUUAUUGCUUGGCUAAUUUUUCCAUUCUGUCACUUGGCUUCUAUUUUUAUAUUUUGCUAUUAUAUGAAAUGUAUCUUUUAGUUGUUUGAUUUCCUUUUUCUUUUUCCCCAAAGAACUUAUCCUGGGUGACUUGGUUUUAUAGAUUUGAACUCAAUUCAAAGAAAUAGUUCUGAGUUUUGUGAAAUGCCGUGAAAGUAUUUGCUACAAUAAACAAAAUUCUUGUGACUUAA